AUGGAGGUGCACGAGAACCGCUUCGCCGUCCUCUGCGACCUCGACGGCGACAACAACGACCUCUCUUCGCUGCUCGCGAAGAAGGCCGCAGCGAAGCCUGAGGCGGCAACCGGGAAGCAGAAGCAGCAAAAGAAGAAGAAUCCGAAAGCCGCUGCUGUCGCCAGCACUGCUUCUGCUGCCAGCGGUUUUCCUUCAAGACCCGUCCCUCCUUCCCAACAUGCCAAGAAUUUUCAAACAGCGUCAGCGCGGCCGACGGAGCACGGUAGAGGAACAGGAUCGAAUAAUGACCAUUGGAUCAACAGUAAGAAGAAGAAUCAAUCGACUGGUGGGAGAAGUAAUACAGGAUUUCUUGCUUAUGGAAAGGAGGAAACUGGAACAAGUGCGACUAAUAGUGGUAGCUCCACAAGCGGCGUGCAUAAUAGAAGCACCGGAGAUUUUCCUGGAAACAAGACCAUCGAACAAGCAAAUGACGAUGACAAUAAAUUGACCUUUGCCGAAUACAAGAAAUCGAUUCAAGAGAAAAGAAAGGCUAUAGAAGCACUUAAAACUGAGGAAAGAAAGGUCACUGUUGAGAAUCAAUUUGAAGGUAUGCACCUCACUGGAAAAAAGAAAGAAGAUGAUCUUCAAGUCAACAUGCAGAAAUCCGGAAAGAACAAAGAUAAGAAAGAUGGUUUUGAAAAGGAAAAGAUAGUCUGCAAGACGGUUAGCAUCGGCAAGUUCCAGAUUCCUGCUAAGGAAGAAGCAGCACGAAGAGGCAGGCGCAAUGGACACAGAGGAGGCAACUGCGCUGGAGGUCACGGGUGCCAUGCAGCUGUACCAAGGACUCAUCAAGAUGGUGUUGAUUUUCCUCCAUUGCGUCCUGCUGCCGAUGCUGCUGCGAACUUUUAAGUAGCAGAAUGUGUCAUACAUGAUUUUUCACCCCCCCCCCCUUAUUAUUCUUGGUUACGUUUUGUGCUUCAUCCUAUGUUUAUGUCUUUUUACAAGUUAGUUUUGCCGGUCUCGAGUAAUAAUUGGUAUUUGAUCUGGGAGAAGUGUCGUAUAGCUUAGAGGAUGUAAUUCACGUUUGAUUUGUCAUAAUUUUUACACAAAUAUAGUGCUAUUUUUGUUUCAAUCCCAUCUUUUUUCUAUUU